GCUGAGCCGCACUGGUGUGGUGUUUAUCAUGCCCGAGCCGGCCAAAUCCGCGCCCGCGCCCAAGAAGGGCUCCAAGAAAGCUGUCACCAAGGCGCAGAAGAAAGACGGCAAGAAGCGCAAGCGCAGCCGCAAGGAGAGCUACUCCAUCUACGUGUACAAGGUGCUCAAGCAGGUGCACCCCGACACCGGCAUCUCGUCCAAGGCCAUGGGCAUCAUGAACUCGUUCGUCAACGACAUCUUCGAGCGCAUCGCCGGGGAGGCGUCGCGCCUGGCGCACUACAACAAGCGCUCGACCAUCACGUCCCGGGAGAUCCAGACGGCCGUGCGCCUGCUGCUGCCCGGCGAACUGGCCAAGCACGCCGUGUCCGAGGGCACCAAGGCUGUCACCAAGUACACCAGCUCCAAGUGAGGCCCUGCCGUGCCGCUAACCCACAAAGGCUCUUUUCAGAGCCACCCAUCUGAUCGGGAAAGAGCCGUGUUCACUUAACGCCCCCUUAGUCCCUUCGCACAAGUAAGUUACUGCAGCCCAGACGUAGUGGGGGUGGAGUACUUGGCAUUCUCUAAGACGUUCCGACCCCGAGGUUCCCGGCGCGGGAUUGGACUUGCGUUGAGUGCCAAGUGCGUCUUCACUCCUAACAGCGCCGGUGGCCCGCCUCUACCCCUCCGCGUUGCGGCAGUGGCCGGGCGGCUUUGUUACACACGCUGGGCCGUCUUAAACCCGAGCGGCUGAUUGCAGCUAUGGUUUAGGAAGACUGCAGGACACAAGUAGGCGCGUCCGGCGGCCGCUGUGUACAGCGGCCGCUUAGCACCGAGAGCGGCGGGGUGGCCAGCUCGGCGCGGGGAGGGCUCGGCCUGCGGGUGACCGGUGCUGUGCCCUGGGGCGGAGCCCGCGCCGCCGAGGGCCAGACUUUUCCUGAUUGGGCGGCAUGAAUAUUCAAAAUUCGCGCCACUCGAAAAUUCUUAAAGACUUUGUUUUCCGCCUCUGACGUUGAAGCUUGGAGAGUCCUAGGAUUCCUUAAGUCCAAAAAUAAUUUUUGCAUUUAAUGCUCUGUGCUGGGAAGCCUGCCCCAGGUCACUGCCAGACACGGGUCGUUUAGCUCGGGGAUUAAAAGCCACUGCCCGCGACAUCGGCUCAGGAGCCGUGCCCUUUGGCCCUGUCUGCUGUGUGUUUUCAUCUUCGUCCUCGCAGCUGGCUGAAAUUCGCUGGCUCAUUUGCUUUCUCGUUAAUGGUCUUUCUUCAAACCGGGACAAAGGCCCUGCUGGCCUGCUUUUCCGCCGUAUCUCCAGCACCCAUCAGCGCCUGGCACGUAGCGGACACAAACGGCUUGAACUGAUAUCGAUGGAUUCGUUUUUCUAUCCCGCCAAUUUCGUAAUCGCUUCCGUGGGUGGGGGGUGGGCGCUGUUUAUUUCCAUCAGAUGUGAAGAUACGAUGAAGAUGGAAAUGUUUUUGUAGCUCCUUGACCAAAUAUGUCGUUAAUCACCUCAGUGCAACUGCUUUGGGGCCGGCGAGGGGUGGGGGGAGGCCCGGUGCCAAGAUUUUUUUUUUUUUUUUUUUUGCAUAGGGAGGAGGCGGCAGUAGCGGGUCUUCCCCACAGGCUCCCCGCUUUAGGGUGACCUGUUUUAGGUUUCCGUUCAAUUGAGAGCAGUGGUCAGCGGGAAGAGCCUUCACCCUCUGUUCACACUGGGAGGAGCUUUCAGUUCAUCCCCACCAACCGGCUGCUUUUUCAGGAGGCCCUAACAAGCAGAGCGGACAGAGCUGCAAUAUCCCUCACACAGCGAACGCUGCCUUUGUCUUCUCCGAUGUGAUCACAGUUGUAUUUUGGUCGUAUCUGAUGCAGUUAUGCAAUACCGAAUCUUCCUGUCUGAGCCUUGAUGGUGCCAGGGGAGGCCCUGAGUGCUCAGUAACUGGACUCUGCUCAGGGCUCCUGGAGUUGAUUGCAAGGGUUUCGUGAACCCAGAUGUGCUCCACAUAGUAAAUCAUAGGCUGAGAUCUCGCGCCUGCUGCGCAUGUGUUUUCAAAUCUGUGUAGAUGCUGUGUUAUUAAUAAAGUGCCCAACUCA